ACCUCAUCCGCACCAUUCUUCGUACUUUCCCUUCUCUCCUCUCUACUUCACUCUAGGGCUCACUGACUAGAAUCGCUUCAAACACCAAAACAGAGUCCCUCAAUGAAUUUUUCACUUGUUGCUUGAAUUCAUCAUCGCUAAUGUCGUUCUCUUCUUCGGUUAAUCUCCAAUUCGCAGUUCUUACUGAAUUUCUGUCUUCUCAUAAACCACCAUGGCUUACUGUUGUCACCAUACCGAUAGGGUUUUGUCUUAUUAAUAUUCUCGUGAAUCUUUGGAUAUCUUACAUUAUCAAUCCGAACAAAAACCAGGCGAUAGAUGAAAGAACUGAAUUAGAAGCUCAAGUAAGGAAGAUAAGGUGGAAUGAAGAUGGGUGGAGUAAGAAAAUGAUAGAAAAAAAAGAACAGAAGAUUGCUGCAUUGGAGAAGAAGAUUGAUAGGCUUCAAAACUGUGUUGCUUCUGCCUCCACCUCAUCCAGAUUGUGUGCCCUGCUUCCCAGAAUUCUUACUUCUCUGCACCAACACAACAUAAGUUUCCGCUCUAAAUUUGCAGCAACAUAGGUACUCCUAGGGUUUGGGUACUGCCUCUAAAAAGCUUCUCAUAUCUGGCCUUCCAGAUGUGCCACACUAUUGUUGCAAAGAAGGGGUUCCAGUCUUCAUUAGCAUCAGUAGUUCCCCGCUCUUGCCUCCACAGUUCUACAGAAACAGGGAAAGAGUUAUAAGAAAAGGGGGUUGAAGUCUGAGGAAAACCAAACGCAUCUAUCAAAGGGGCAAGUGAAGGUUAGGUGUUCUAGGGCCUCGGACAAGUGAAUAAUAGGUGUUCUAGGGUCUCAUUAUGCUGAGAAUAAAGGUGGUAGUAGUUGGGAAUAUUGGUGAAUUGUGCCAGUUUGGCUGCUGCUGGGAGUCUGGGACCAUAUCCUGAAUGCACUUGUAAACAAAGAGUUGUAUCCUAGGGGUGGUCUGGAGAUUCCGUAGCUCCUCGGAUGGUAAUCUGUAUAGCCGGUGCUUUUCAUCUUCAGUACCCGAAGAUGUAGCAUCCCAGUGGGAGUUCACGGGAACCAUUAUUAGGGAUUUUAGUUAUGCAAUUUCAUAAACUAAUGACUUGAUUGGUCACUAGCACAGAAAAUCUACUUUGGUGUUUUCGUAUUUGACUCUGAUUUUGCUAAAUCCAAUGCAGUUUAUUGGAGUUUUA